AUGAGCAUUGAAUAAUAAAUAAGACUUAUUUAUCAAACAAAUACAGAACAUGAUGAUACAAUAAAGAUAUAAUCCUGUUUAAUAUUGAUUAAAAGUAUUUAAAAUAGAAUUUAAUACUAUUAAGAAAAUCAACAGCAGUAAAUAAAUGAAGAAGCUUAAAGCAGUGAAGCUAAUGUCAGUUAGCUUCAAGAAUAAAAAUAAAUCAAUUAAAACAACUCUAAUUAAAAUUUAAAAUAAAAUUUUAGUAAUACUUCUGAUAGCGAUGGAUUUAAAAACAAAUAAAAAAUUCAUUAUAGAGCACAAAGCUAAUAAAUGCAUAGAUCUAGCAAUUAUGAUCUUAGAUAAAGCAUGUCAACAGAAUAGCAGACAAAUUAUGUAGAAUAUGUAUUUAAUAUGUUUAAUAAAACAAUUAGAUAGCUUUCAGAUGUAAAAAGUAACUAAAUUAAUGGAGCAUUUGAAUUAAUCCUUUAACUUAACUAUGAUUUACAUAAAAUAAGUAAUUCUUAAGAUAUUAAUUAUAAUGAAAGAGCAUAAGCUCUUUAGUAUCUCUAUGAGCUAGAUUGUUAAGUACCAAAUUUAUUUAAUCUUUUAGUCAAAUUAGUGAAUAACUAAACAGAUAACUUUUAUAGCAUUUAAGAAGAUAUUUCAGAAUAUAAAUCAACUAUUGAAAAAAACAAUAAAGAAUAAAAGCCAAAUCAAUUUACUAUAGAAUCCCCGUCAGCAUCAUAAAAAUCUUUCAUAAAAUAAGCUAUGAUGAAGAAUAAUUAAAACUAAACAAGCAGCAAUACUUCGAACUACAAUAUAACUUAGGAUCAUAUAGAAGAGUCUAUUUAAUAACUUGAUAAUAGUAUUAAUCAAAAUAAAAAUUCUAAAAAAACCAGUUAAAAAAAUUUUUAUGAAAAUAAUCAUUCUAGGUAAAAAUCAUCGUCUAAAUCAAUAGAAAAUAAAUCUUCAAAAAAAUUAAUAAAUGAAAAAUAAGUUUAUACUUCAAAUCCAAAUUUAGUAGAUAUUUAAACCAAUUCAAAGGGAAUAUUGCAAGGUAAUAAUUCUUAAUAGAAUGAUAAAAGCAUAAAACAAUUAGAUAAUAAUCUAUCCAUCAAAGAUUAAUUAAAUAAUGUUGAGAAUAACUCUUCUUAAGUUUAGUUUUAAUUAUUCUUCAUCAUAGCUUAUUUUAUGAAAGAUUUUUAUGAUGCUGACGGGGAUUCUAUAGUAAAUUGA